CCACACCCCCUAAAGAGCGGCUCGUGGAGCAGAGACAGAGAGCCUCGUCGAGAGGCAGAAACGGGCAAGACGAAAAAAAAUACGCUUCUUUUUUUGUUUUUCACUAAAAUCAGGAGGAAGUCUGUUUUUGACGUGCAAGCCUUUCUACUGCGGAGUGCGGCGCUGAAAAACAAAAUCAGGAUUGACACGGAGGAGCGAGUUUUCUGCAGAUUUUCGUGGUUGGAUUCGCUCGGCUAGUUUAGCUAGCCGGCCUAGCGUUCACCUCUGCCCGGGCUGCCCGUCACCAUUUCCCGGUCUCUGGCUUGUGGAAGGCUGUUGUUAGCGGUACUUAGCUGACCGGUUGUGCAAUUGAUAGCUAGUUAUCGUUUAUGGGGCGUGUUCACUGGAAGGCACGGUUUGAGCAGAGACUGACCAGCUUGUGAGGACGAGCUAACUAGCUAUCUGUCACCCUGUCCCACCCUCCCUGCUUCUCUCUCUCUCUCUCUCUCUCUCUCUCUCUCUCUCUCUCUCUCUCUCUCUCUCUCACUCACACUCACACACACACACACUCCUUCUCUCUCUCUCUCUCUCUCUCUCUCACACACUCUCUCACUCUUUCUAGCUAACAUUAGCUAGCUUCAGCACUUAGCCGUGUUAGCAAAAGCUAAGCUUGGGUGGCCACUUUUACAAGGCAACUCUACAACAUAGCUACCUCUGCUAAGCUUCUUAAACUUCUGUAACGUUAGUGAACAUUAUUGGUGUUUCUUUAUAUUAAAAAAAAACUGUUUAGUUGAUACACUGGAAGGAAGGAAAAACGAAGCCCAAAGUGCAAAGAGCAGUAAAAGCCGAGCGUGUGCUAUCAGAGAGUGAGAUAAGCCAGUUGUUUGCUUGCAGCUUGUCUUGACAUCAGUGAAAGGAGCCACUUGUUUAGGGGAACCGCCAAAUAUAUAAAAAAAAAAAAAAAAACCCAGACACGUGGUUAGUUACUUUGUAAUUUUUAACUCUUAAACCUCCCUCAGUGCAGUUUGUACCUGGUUAAAUACUGAAAUAAAGCACUCACGUAUAAACAAACAGAAGUCCGGUAGGUAAUCCAUUGGCCUUAAAAGCUUGAGAGCUUAUCCAUGAGGCUAUAAACACCAGGAACCAAACAGUUAUUAUUAAUAUAUUUUUAUGCCGGAGAAAUUGUCUAAUCUUUUUUUGGUACAAAGAAGUAAACUAUAUGAUUGUCAGACUAAUCUGGGCUACUGGCAUUUAUGUCAACUAGUUCAGUUUUUCUCACUUAAAUUUUCUGAAGUCUUUUGUAGGCCUACCUCUUAACACCUCACUGUAUGUCCUGUUAAUUCCUCACUGGGAUACGGGACAUAUGUUAUUCCCCCUUUUUCCACUGAGAUUAGAUCGAGACCUACAUAAAUAACCCUUAACUUGUUACUUGCUCCUUUGACAGCAAGCAUUUUCAGUACUGCAGCCCGUCCACUACAUGGACUGAUAAGGAGACGUAUAUUUAUAUUUUUGUACCACCGUCCAGAAUUUACAGAAAUAAAUAUAUAGUUGGGUAUCAGGAUAUCAGCAUCACCAUCCAGCCAUGAGUAUUGAGAUCCCGGCAGGUCUGACCGAGCUUCUGCAGGGUUACACGGUGGAGGUGCUUCGCCAGAGGCCUCCGGAUCUGGUCGAGUUUGCUGUGCAGUAUUUCACCCGGCUCAGAGACACGAGGAGUCAAGACGGAUCCGGGGCCCCUGCCAAACCCGCCAGCAAGGGAGUGAUGUUUGAUGGCGAGCCCAUGCAGACAGAGUCUAAUGGCGAAGAUGAUGAAGACGAAGAUGACUCUGACUUUGAGCCGCCUCCCCCCAGCAGAUUUAACCGGAGAGUGUCGGUGUGUGCGGAGGCAUUUAACCCUGAUGACGAGGAAGACUCUGAGCCAAGAGUCGUUCACCCAAAAACAGAUGAGCAAAGAUGCAGGUUACAGGAGGCUUGCAAAGACAUACUGCUGUUUAAAGCUCUCGACCAGGAGCAGUUUUCAGAAGUGCUGGAUGCCAUGUUUGAAGUGCUUGUGCAGCCACAAGAACACGUAAUCGAUCAGGGAGAUGACGGGGACAAUUUCUACGUCAUUGAAAGGGGCGUGUAUGAUAUUGUGGUGCAGAAGGAUGGCGUGGGCUGCUGCGUUGGUCAGUACGAUAACAAGGGCAGCUUUGGAGAGUUGGCGCUUAUGUACAACACACCUCGUGCUGCUACCAUCAUCUCCAAGCAGGAGGGGGCCCUCUGGGGACUGGACCGAGCAACAUUCCGUAGGCUGAUUGUGAAGAACAAUGCGAAGAAGAGGAGGAUGUAUGAGAGCUUCAUUGAGUCUGUGCCACUCCUCAAAUCUCUGGAGUUGUCUGAAAGAAUGAAGAUUGUUGACGUUUUGGGGGUGAAGACUUUUCAGGAUGGAGAGAGGAUUAUCAUGCAGGGCGAUAAAGCAGACUGUUUUUACGUUGUUGAAUCUGGGGAAGUGAAGAUCAUGAUGAAGAGCAAAACAAAAGCAGACAGACAGGAUAAUGCCGAGGUAGAAAUUGCUCGCUGCACUAGAGGGCAGUACUUUGGAGAGCUUGCACUUGUCACCAACAAACCACGGGCUGCCUCAGCUUACGCCGUUGGGGAUGUUAAAUGCUUGGUGAUUGAUGUGCAGGCAUUUGAGCGCUUGCUGGGCCCGUGUAUGGAGAUCAUGAAGAGGAACAUUGCUCAUUAUGAAGAGCAGCUGGUGGCUCUGUUUGGCUCCAGCAUGGAUCUCAGAGACUGACAGAGACUGGCCGUGCCUUACACACCUCACAGACAAACUCCACAUACAUGCAUACAUGAACACUUAAGUAAUCUAAUACAUAUAGUUUAUAUAAACACCACCACAAUUUGUAGGCACACACUCCUUUUUAUGUUCAACUCCUGACCCAGAAGAGACACGCAAUGAAAAUUUUUCUCUCUGUCCUCUGUUUUUCUUGCACCCUCAAAUCUUCCCUCCAAUCCCAACACGCUCCCCCACUCUCACACACUCACGCAAACACACACCUGCUGUCUCUACAUUAGUCUCUGUGUCAGCUCUCUGGUGUAAAAUGGGAGCAUUACGCGUCCUCGAGCUGUGACCCUCAACCAACUUCAAGCAGCAAGGACAGCCGUGCGGACACCAAAACACACUUGCACACUUGAUCGUGCUUCGGCAUACUUGCAGAACACACACAAUGCAACAAGUAAAUCCAGCCAAGGACCCAUUCCUUCCCAUGGACAUACACUUAAAAGAAAAAAAAAACUUCAGAGGACAUAAAGUAAUGCAGAAAGAAAGGAAGCCUAAAAACUGAACUAAAAAUGCAAAAAAAAUAUAUAUGGUUGAACAGAGAAGUUUUAGAAACAUUUUAUGACAGUGCAAAGCUUUGAUUAACACUUAUUUAAAUAAGACUUGUUUCCUUUUCUGCUAUUGGUGCGUUGAGUUAGUGCUGGUGGUAUCCACGGUGACCAAUGUUAGGUCCUCGUCUUGCUCACACAAACUCCAUGUAUGGUAUUGAUUAAUGUAUUAUUAAUAUUAUUAUUAUUAUUACAACUACUACUAUUGUUGGAUUUUUUUUUUUGUUUUGUUUUGUUUUUGUUUUAUUUUCGGCUUUAUUGGAGAAUGUGCAGCAGAAUCUAGUGCUUAUUUCUUCUCUUGGUCAUUCUGGAUGAGUUGUUCUGAAAAGUAAAUAAAGAAAAACAUUUUGUUUA